UCCGAAAAAUAAGCGCAGGCGGAAAGGUUAAAGUUACUUUCCCUGAAACCAUCGCAGCCGAGGAAAAUUUGUCAUUUUUUCCUCAGGAUUUGUACGGUGUUACUGUUAGUGUUGAUGUCCUCCACUUUAUCGCCCCAGCGUAUCGUUAUCUCACGUGCCGCGAGCUGGCGUUCUCAGCGUCUUCUCCUGUUUCUAUCAACAGCUGAAGGUAGCAGGAUUCCGGGGGCAGUCCUACCCUGUUGUCUUCUUUGAACUAGGAAAAGGCGGUGCACUUGAUAAAGAUUCAAGUACUUUGAUCUUUCUAGGGGCAUAAGAUAUUUAAGAUAUUUCGUUUAUACAUGUUAUCAGUUAUCCCAGUAAAACACUGUAAAUACUGUGGUCCGUGAUAAAAUGAUAAAAUUCACGCCGCUCUCGUAUGCUUUGAUCGAGUUGUCGUUUAUCCAGCACACUUGUCCUAAGAUCGGUGUGAUUAUCACUUCAGCAGACUAAUUAUCCUUCGUCCGCACAUAAACGACAUGUCAUAAGUGGUUCCCGUCUUCAACAAAUCUUAGUGCAGUCGUACUUUUCCAAGGGGGAAAAAAAGUUAUCGGAGGAAGUCGAACAUGAUCAGCGUUUAGUCACGUGACCCGUUCAUGGUAUAAAGUCCAGGCGCAAAGUGCUUCCGCAUUACUGCUGCACGUUCUGUGGGUUAGAGCAAAGAAAGUAGCUCUUAUUACAGUGCAAACAGUAAGAAACCUCCGGUUUGUUCAGGCGCUUGCACGAGUUCGGACUAGCGGUGUGACUUGGUCCUAGAAGUCCUGGAUUAUUUGGCCGAGAUACUUGUUUACUUCUAGCGAAGCAGGAAGCGAGUAAUCCGAUGUUGACGAAAUACAACUAAUAAAAUUGUUAAGACUUUUCAUAACAAAAAAUGACCAUCAAAGUACUUGGGGCCAUUCUGUGGGACCUGUACCCUCCUGAGAGCGGUUCGCCUCUCGACACUCGUGAUGAGGUCAAGCGCGUGUGGGACACCAUUGUUCGAGUGACGGAGGAAGAAUUUGGAGACUGCGACCAAGUUCGUCUCUAUCUUCUGUCGUCGUCCGCCACUGACGCGAACGAGACGCUGGAGCGGCUGACGUCACACAACGCCGCCUCCGCCAGCGUUGUUGUUCCACAUGUCAUUUCCUCUCACGACGACAUCAAAGCCUUCUACACCGCCAAGCAGGACCUCGAUGCAAGAGAGAUCAGCCAGGUGCGAGUCGUCUGUUGUCGCGCGUCGCGGAGGGCGUUUUGGACGGCCGUCUGCCGCGAGCUGUUUACACCUGUUCACACCUGGGCGGUGGAGAGCGGGGCUCCUUCUGUCUUCAACGUGGACGCCGUGGACCAGGCGACGGUGCAAGACACCAUCAAGCGCUUCCUGAGAACGCUUCCCUCCUUGCUGGGACAGCCGGAAGUGGAGAGGUCGCAGGUCAUUCCGGCGGAAACAUUCGUGCACGGGUACAGCACCCGACGAGGGGGCGUGUCCACCCUGCCUACCACGACCUCCAUGAACCUCUACUACACUGACAAGAAGCGCGACCCACAGGUGGUCAUCGACGAGAACCUGCGGCGCCUGGCACAGGUCGGGGGCUUCGACAAUAGUCGCUUCCACAUCAUCAGAACCGAGCACGGCCACAAUGUGUGGCGGGUGGGCCGCGAGCAGCAGCCGGCCAGGUACGAUGCCCUCGUCACUGACCUGCGUGACGUCACCAUCGCGGCGGCAGGCGCUGACUGCAUCGUACUGCUCUUCGCGGAUCCCGUCGCCAUGGUAAUCGGGGCGGCGCACGCCGGCUGGCGCGGCACCGUGCAGCGCGUGGCGGCGCACGUGGUGCGGGUCAUGACGACAGAGUACGGGUCGAAGCCGCAGGACAUUCGUGUGGCUCUGGGACCGGGGCUCCGCAUGGGAUGUUUCCGCAUGCUGGAGGAAGAGAGCCAGCCGUUCUUCGACAUCCACCCGACCUGCCUGAGCAAGGACGUCCACCCGAGGUCGCAUUUCGUGUGCGAGAGGGACUUCAAUUGCGCUUCUCCCACAACAGACAGUCAGCAGAAGACUCAAGAUAUCGUCGUCAGUGUGGUAGUGCCGGGCAAAGAUUUCCUUCCGGUCAGCCUCUCGGAUGACAAAGCCUCGUCGCUGCGCGAGGAGGAGCACAUCGGCCCAACCUUCGGGGGCAGCGAUCCCAGCGAAGACGUGAAACGACACCCGGGCGUCACAUCCAAACCUUCGGAGUCAAAGGACGUGAAAGAAGUGAAGAGGAAAUACUUGUUUGCGGACCUGCAGCUCAGCAACCGCUUGGUUCUGGAGGGCGAGGGGGUGUGCUCCAACCUCAUCGACACCUCCACUUCUCACUGCACCAAGUGCAACCCCCACCUUUACUUCUCUUACGAGCGCGACGGCGUCCCUUUCGGCAAUCAGAUCGGCUUCAUAUGCAUGCCUUCCCGUCCAAGAAGCUGAUUUAUUUUUUUUUUUGUAAACGUCUCAUAAGUUCAGAUGUAUGUUAGAAGAUGUUUGAAUUAUGGUGCUUGAAGGUUUGUAUUAUUGAACAUAUUUGUGUGUGUCUGUUUUAUUCAUGCACAACGAACAGGCUAUCAAGACAGUGAGCCACCCGUGAAAGCAAACAAGCAGACAGCCAUGUAUCUGCUCCAAGUAAGCGGAAGCCUAGGUCUGUCUCCAUGCUUUUCUCUGCUCCCUGUAUUGCUGUGGUUUGAUGCCAAAUCUCACUGCUGGCUCCAUUGUGCCUGCCUCCAACUUUAUUCUUCUUUCAAUCUUUGCAUGAGCGACAGUGUAUGUCUGCGUGUGUCUGUGUAUAUGUGUUUUUGUGCACAUGUAUAUAAAUAACCCGAGCAAUAAAAAGUCUUUCUCAA